GGCCCUCUGGCGUCCCAAGCCAGCUCUUAACCAACGCACCACUCGGCCGGCCCUAUAGUACUUUUUUAAUAGUGUAACUCAGGCGUUAAUAGUGUAUGAUGCUUGUCAGGACCAAAAAUGCAGUAUCAACAGGGUCCCUACCUCUGGGUGGUCUUGUGAUAGAUGAUUCUUUAUCAUCAAUACUAUCACCAGUUUGAUAUUUAUCUCAGUUGUCAUGCCAUUCUGGCCAUUACUAACAAAAAUAUUUAUGGCUACAUUUUAAGGAACACAGGUAAUCAUCAGCUAGAAAGCUUUGAUAUUCUUGCUAAGGACAAUACUAGGUUGGUCAAAGGUCACAGCAUGAAAACUCUAUGAUACAAAGAGGGAGUUGCUUUUGGUCACAUCUGCUUCUAUACAUCUAAUGCCAGAGAUGCUGCAGAAUAUUCAAGUAAGUUACUGUCCAGUCUUAGUUUGAAUAGUAGAGGCAGAAACUACCUCCCAAGGUCACUCAUUGCAUCCUGGACAGCUAUGACCAUCAGAAAAAUUUUUGAUUCCUUAACCUGAUUUCCUAUAGCUUUGAUAUACAUCAUAUCCUCACAAAAUGACUUAAACUCUUUCCAUAAUAUUAACAACCUUGAUCAGCUUUCUGGUCCAAACUGCUUUUUUUUAGAGGGUCAAUUUUUUCCCCCUCUGAAUAAAUCUCUCAAUUGGGAACAUAAGUAGCUUGAAAUAGAAAGACUUCAUUCAUUCCAAAAUAUCAGUGCUACAUGUGUCAAGCAUGGGAGCCAGAAACAGUGGACAUUCAGAGAUGUCCCAAAAGACGGAGUCUGUCUAGGGAGAUAAAGGGGUUUAUAAGAUCAAAUGAUCUCAGAAAUAUAGGAGCUGCCAAGGCUGGAUAGGAAGUGUUCUAAGAGCUCAGGAAAGGUGGUAUGUCUGGGGGGCCUAGGAACAUACAGGUUGGGGAGUCUAGGAAGGCUUUACUUAGGAAGUGGGAUCUGAGCUGAGCCGACGGACAGGAAACAUGAGUCAUUUGGGUAAACCAUCUUGAUUGACAAUGAAGCUCAGAGAGAGAACUCUUCUCAAGAUAGACAGGGUGGGGCUUUGUGAGGAUGGAGGAAGUUAGAGGGCUAGAGACAGGGUAAGAAUUAUUUCCCUCUUCUCAGGAUUGUCAAUCAGUCAUUGUCUAUAGUAGCCUCUUGACAUCUUGUCUUCUUCACAGCCUUGGGGACUGACCAAGUCGCACCUUCUGGUGCACAGGGCUGCGGACAUGGCAUCUCUUCUGUGGCUGCUGCCCCUCUUGGUGCUCCAGGAAGCCAAAGGAGAUUCUGGAGAUGGUGUGGGUCCUGAGGAAGUGGUUGCAGUCCUUCAGGAGUCCAUCAGCCUCCCCCUGGAAAUACCAUUCGAUGAAGAAGUUGAGAACAUCAUCUGGUCCUCCCACAUAAAGCUUGCCACUGUGGUGCCGGGGAAAGAGGGACAUCCUGCUACCAUCAUGGUGACCAACUCUCGCUACCAGGGUCGAGUGAGCCUCCUGAACCCCAGCUACUCCCUGCACAUCAACAAUCUGAGCUGGGAGGACUCGGGGCGUUACCAAGCUCAAGUCAACCUGAGGACAUCCCAGAUGUUUACAACGCAGCAUUACAAUUUACGUGUCUAUCGACGGCUGUCAGAGCCUCGCAUCACUGUGAACUUUGAGAUCUCUGGGGAAGGUCCCUGUAAUAUGUCUCUGACAUGCUCUGUAGAGAAGGCAGGCCUGGAUGUGACCUACAGCUGGAUAUCCCAGGAACACAGCAAUGACACAGCACAUGAAGGCUCUGUCCUCCGCACAUCCUGGAGGCCUGGGGACAAUGCAUUCUCCUACACCUGCAGGGUCAGCAACCCCAUCAGCAACAUCAGUUCCCGUCUCAUACCCGCUGGGCCCUUCUGUGCAGAUCCUGGAUACCCUUUGGAGAAGUCCUCGGCUUCCUUUUGCUUUCUGGUCAAGGCACUACUCCUUCUCUUGCUGCUGGGAACUCUGGUCGUGGGGCUGUGGCUCCUCCAAGGCCAGACAAGAUGCAAGACACUAAGGACGAAAAAACUUAAGAGAGACAGAAUGAGACUGAAAAAGACAAGGAAGCCUGGCCCUAGCCUGGACUGAUCACAUCCUUGGUGAGCUCUAUCCUGACCCUUGUUUCUUCCCAGAGCCCAGUGACUCCUCCCUCUGCUCCCCAGGCUAUCCUCUUCCCAGAGGCCAAAGGUGGAAGUCCAAAGGGCCACACUCUCACAGAGAACACUGUCUGACAAUAAAGUCGAAUUAGAUGACUGCCAUUCUGGAGGAGCUAGGUGACUCCGGCAAACCUGUGUCCCUGCCUUUCCUUCCACUCCAGGUGCUCCCCUCCAACUCAUCUUCCCUUAUACUCCAGGUGCCCACUUCUAAGCCCGCAUGCUUCCCCACACCUGCCUUUGGGGAUGGAAGUGAGUCUUCACAGUGUGGUAUUGGUAUGUUAUUACUCACCACCUAUCCCCUUCCCCACCAACAUACAGAACAUUUACAUUUUAAAUCAGAAAAGCAAAGAGCUUUCUUCUAACCUAACUGAAUCUGCGACUCCUCAAUGGGAACAUUGCAGACACUCAGAAUCCUUCAUGGGCGAUACUGUUCCUGCUAAGAUUCUUCUGCUCUCAUAGCCCUACUUCCACCCUGGCAGACAAGUUCACUUAACUGCUCCCAUGCAACCCACCCCAGCCUAGAGGCUGUACUGCCAAGGAGACAGGAACCCCCUAGUGCAGUCUAUUCUGGGUCUACGUGAGCCCGCGACCCUUCAGCCAUCUCCCUGAUGUCAGCUGCUCUGGGCCUCUGGUGCCUACCCCACAAGGAUGGUAACUCAGCUGGAUCAAUAGUUGAGGUCUAGACCCUUGACGUCUGUUUGUGGUUAGUAUUACUGUCCUGUCGAUCCUGUCUCUACAGAUUUCCAUGUCUCAGACCUCUCUUGACUCCUACCCUGAGUUAACGCCCACCCCUUACACACCACCCCCCUCGAGCACAGACCCUUAUGUUUGUG